CCAUACACCCUCAUACAUCCAUGCAUCGACCCCGUAUUCAAAAACCGCAGCUUCUCUGUUUUUUCUCCGUGACUGGCGGCUGUCUGACCGUGUGCCCGGAGCGGACGCACCGGACUCCUUCACCGGAGAGAGUCCAGCACACACCGUGAACCGAGAGUCAACAGGACGCAGGAGCGACAGCUGGUUAGCGCCGCACUGUUAACUGUAAGGUAAACAAUGGAGCUACCUCGGAACAACAACUCUUCUCAGCCUGCGGAGCUAACGUUAACAAGGCAGCAUGCUAAGAAACCCCACUCCCUUCGCUAAGCACAUUACUUUUUAAUUAUUUUUUAUUUAUUUAAAGCCUGCAGCAGGUCUCUGUGCAGUCGCUUCAGGUGCAUGCUCCGCUCUCAGGACCGGAAAUGCAUGAAUGCAUAGCCUACAAAAUAAAAUCGUGUCGACACUUCCGGUAGAAGUGGAUUGUCGUUGAUUCAUAUUCUAUCUGAACGACUUGCAGAAGGUAUUCAAGAUAGCAUGGAUGGAAACGUGCUAGGGCAGGUGCUGGGUACAGCUAAGGUGUUGGUGAUGCAGGGGAAGCAGGGAAUUGUAGUCUAGCAGCAGUUCAUCAGCCAGCCUGUCUUUGUGGACGACGGCACCACAGAAAUCAUUAUCCACUACAGCAUAAGUCCUGCAGCCGCCACCACUGCCAUUACCCAACCUGCACCGUUUGUUGCCUAAACCAAUCCUGCUCCCCCUCCCACUGUCUCCACUGCUGCAGCCCCCACCAAGACAGAUAGGCCCUCAAACCCCAGAGGUGACCGACCUCUCCAUUGUAAAGGCAGAGCCAGAAUCAGUGGCCAUCACAGACAUGGAGACAGAGGCAGUCAAACAGAGAGAAAUUACUUCAGACGCCCGAACAGCUCAGAUGCCAAAAGUCAACAGCACCAGUACAUGUUUACUAUGUGAUGACUGUCCCGACGAGCUGGAGGCGUUACACCUCCUUCAGCACUACAAAGCAGCCAAUGGGGAGGCCAUCGACUCCGCAGUGUUGGACCCCUCGUUCGCUGCUCUGCUAAGUGGGGCCGGGGUGACGCUGGAGGACGAUCUCCUCUCACCCCUCAAGACCUACUUUGCCUCCAAUGCCAACCCAAGUGAGAAGGAGCUGACAAAGAUCUCAGAGUCUGUCAGUAUUCCCGUGGAUGUGGUCAGAAAGUGGUUUGCAAAGAUGAACUCUGGGACAGUUGUGGGUAAAUACCACAAUCUAGCUACAGCGGUUUCCAUGAAGACUGAAACCACAAAUUCCAGCUCAGAGGAUGCCUCGAAUCAGAAUGGAGACGCAGAGGAAGACAGCUCCCAACAAAAAGCCUCAUCGCAAUCUGGCAGCGCUUUUCUAUCAGACUCGAGCCUCAACACCGGGGACCUUGUUGACGUUAAGAGCGAGUCAGAGAUAGCCGCAUUGGAAAUCUUUACUCCAACUACGCCUCCCGCCAAGCAGCAAGAACUGCUCCUAAACCUCACCGGCCUGAGGAAGGAGCAGCUGGAGGGUCGAAGCAUCUCCGUCACCACACCUCAGAUCGGAAGACAUGUCAACAUCGACACAGCACAGCUGCGCACAUUGGCAACCAUCGCUGGUCAGGGCGACGUGCGCUGUCUCACCGCCAUCAACACCACAAUGAAUUGCCCCAUCCUCAUCCCAGAGCUCGCCUACACCACUAUUACUAGCUUCAGCAACGCCACUGGAGAAAAGACCAUUGUACUGAAUGUCCAUAAGCAGGAGAAGAGGCUGGACAGCAGCUCUGACGGCGUCUCCACAGUGGAAGAGCAGAACGACUCAGAUUCGACCGCACUGAUGGAGAAGCAGCAGCUGGAAAAGAGCGGCGCCUACAAGUGUGACAUUUGCUCCAAAGUCUUCCAGAAGUACUACAUGCUGGUCAGGCACAAAUUUGAACACUUAGGUUCGUCUUGGUUCAGCCACGACGUCUCCUCAGUGGAAGAGAAGAAGGACUCGGCCGCGGUGAUGAAGGAGCAGCAGCUGGAAAAGAGCAGCGUCUACCCGUGUGACAUUUGCUCCAAAGUCUUCCACAAUUUCUUCACUCUGGUCAGGCACAAAUAUGAACACACAGGAAAACGGCCCCACUGAGUGCAACAUCUGCAAGAAGGCCUUCAAACACAAACACCAUCUGGUCGCACACUCUCGCCGGCACACCGGUGAGAAACCCUAUCAGUGUGAUAAGUGCGGGAAGCGUUUCUCUCACUCUGGCUCGUACUCCCAGCACAUCAAUAGCCGCAACUCUUGUCUAAGCCCUGACUUCGGUUCGGGGCCACGAAGGUUCAAUUGGAGCCUGGCAGCCCCGACGACGUAACACAGUUUGACAGUCGGACUACGAGCCUGACUGGGCUCAGAUGAGAGGGAGAGGAGGACGAGGAGAUUGUAGAAAAAGAGAAGAGUUUGUGAUGAGAUGGAGCUGGGGGACGAACAGAUGCACAGAGGAAAGUGCAGACCGGGACGGGUCAGUCAGAACCUACAGAGGAAGUGAUGACACUAAAUAAAGAAAAGUCACAAAUCAGUUUUAAAAUGUUCACAUAAGUGCUGAAAAACAAAAUCUUCUCUUAAGGCAGAUUGAAAUGUUCAAAGCUGCUCUGCUCCACCUGGUCAAAUAUAAAACUGCUGUUCAGAUCCCAGGACUGGUGAAGUCCUGACACCCCACAUGUAAAUACUGCCGUCCAGUUCUGCGCACCAUGGAAGUGGUUUCUAUGUCAAAGAGCAUUAAAGCUUGAAAGUCUCAUCCCAUUGGAUGAAUUUAAACUUUACAUUUUGGACCUUCUCAGAAAUUGUUUCUGGUGUUUGUGUCUUAUCGCUGCUGUAACUCUUGCAAAAGAUAUAUUGAUCUCAAUGAGACGACCUUAUUAAAUAAAAGUUCUAUUUUUUUGAGCAAAAGCGUGUAUUCUGCUCGGACGUGGAAAUAACAUAAAGUGCAAUCAGGUUUGUUUUGUAUCUCAAGAUGAAGAAUGUCCCACCAGGUGGCGCUAGAAGACCGCCCAACACACCUGCAGACUCUUCAGACCACAAGGUGUUAAGACAGCAGAACUCUGCACUAAUCAUUCCUAAAUGAUCGAGUUAUGAGCCAUGAUUAUUAAUUUGUCCUCUUGAGUGCUGAGGAGAAUUUGGAGCUCUGUCCAAAUAUAAAUCCAUGAAGUCUGAUCAUCUUUUUUUUCCUCCCUUGGGAAAAUGACAGAUUAUCUGCAUGGCUGCUUUCAGUGUGUAACGUUAUUACAUGCAAUUAGAGGAGAAAUCAAUGAUGGGAUAGUGACAGGUGAGGAGAUGACAAAGCAAUCUGUUCAGAGCCACCUGAAAAUAUUCUUUACUUUUUUAUUUGUCUGUAAUAAAUGUCCAGGUAAUGACCAUGUACAA